CAGAGUCGCCUUCCUCACAUGUGGUGGACGAACUGGUGACACGAUGAUUGUCGUAUGGGUCGUUUGUGUAGCGCUGCUUUUGUAUAUACUGAAAUAUUUCUUCUUCAGCUCCGGGCCAAAUCCCUUCGACAAGGACACUCGCGAACCUUUGAAACAGAUGGUUCAUGAUAAAGAGAAAAAUAAAGUCCUGAAGCAAGGUUUCCUGUCCAGUAAAGUACCAGACAACCUGGAUGCGGUUGUCAUCGGCAGUGGGAUCGGUGGGCUGGGGCUGGCCGUGCUGCUGGCUAAAACUGGAAAGAGAGUCCUGGUUCUGGAGCAGCACGACCGGGCUGGAGGAUGCUGCCACACUUUCACUGAGAAGGGCUUUGAGUUCGAUGUUGGGAUCCACUACAUCGGGGAUUUGCUGGACCACAAGCCGUUUCGCUGCAUGUUGGACCAGUUAACGGACGGGCAGCUGCUGUGGGAGCCUCUGGAGAACCCGUUUGACCAGGUGGUGCUGGGACCUCCAGAAAACCGCCGCCGGUACCCCAUCUACAGCGGGAGGACUCGCUUCCCCGAAGAGCUGAAGAAGUGUUUCCCCGGAGAGGAGAAGGCCAUCGACGAGUACAUGAGGCUGGUCAAGAAAGUGGGUCGUGGCAUUUGGCUGCUCGCUAUGCUGAAGAUCUGCCCCACGCCGCUGGCCAACUUCCUGAUCUACACUGGCCUCGCCAAACGUCUGUCUUUCUUCUUCGAAAUGGCCCCGCGCAGCCUGACAGAAGUGGUGAAUGAGCUGACAGAAAACAAGGACCUCCGGGCCGUCUUCAGCUACAUCUUUGGCACCUACGGCAACAUGCCAAAAGACGCCAGCUUCUCCAUGCACAGUCUGCUGGUCACUCACUACCUGAACGGCGCCUGGUACCCUAAAGGUGGAGCCAGUGAGAUUGCCUACCACAUGAUCCCCAUCAUUGAGAAGGCAGGGGGCGCCGUUCUGGUCCGAGCCCCGGUCAACCGCAUCUUAUUCAACGACGCAAAGGAAGCUUGUGGUGUGAGCGUGCUCAAAGGUCAGGAGGAGCUUCACAUCCGGGCCCCGAUGGUCAUCUCUAAUGCCGGCAUCUACAACACCUACGAGAAGCUGCUGCCCACAGAUCUCCAGACUAUGCCAGCCAUCCAGAAGCAGCUCCGUAUGGUGAAGCACGGUGAAGGAGGCUUGAGCAUCUUUUUGGGUAUGACUGGAACCAAAGAGGAGCUGGGCCUGAAAGCAGAUAACUACUGGAUCUUUACCGAACACAACUUCGAUGAACUGGUGGAGAAAUAUCUGAACGGAGAGAGGGAGGAGUCGGCCAAAAGUAUCCCUCUGCUGUUUGUUGCCUCUCCAUCAGCAAAAGACCCAACCUGGCAGGAGAGGUCACCAGGGAAGUCUACUUUGAGUCUGGUUAGUUUUGCCAACUAUGCCUGGUUUGAUGAGUGGAAGGACGGCAAAGUGACGAACAGAGGAGGCGACUACAAGGAGCUGAAACAAGCGUUCAUUGACACUGCUCUGGAGGUGGUGAUGGACGUGUUCCCCAAGAUCACCAGAGACAAGAUCGAGUACAUUGAUGCUGGCACCCCCAUCACAAACACGCACUACAUUGGAGCCCCCAAAGGAGAGAUCUACGGCAUAGAUCACGGUGUGGCCCGGUUCAGCCCGGAGCUCAGCGCUACGAUCAGACCUCAGACGCCGCUGAAGAACCUCUAUCUGACCGGCCAGGAUGUGUUUCUGUGUGGGUUCGCCGGCGCCCUCGCCGGGGCUCUCACCUGUGGCUCGGCCAUUCUCAACCGAAACCUGCACCUGGACGCCAUCGCCCUGGCGAAGAGAACCAAAUCUGAAGACAACAAACGUAAAGGGGAGUAGCCGCGGACACAUACUGUCCUUCAACACUGCAACUCAAAGUCACAGUGUGACUGGAAGCGUGACGCCUCAUCUCACAUAUUCAAAGCUGCACUGUUAUUGUUUACUUGGUUAAAUAUAACCAACACGACAUGUGGUUUGUCUGAUUACUGAGGUUUUUGAUGAGUAAUCUGUCCUCUUAAACUCAUUGGUAGGUGUUGUGACUUGAAUUGAUUUGACCCAAACAAACAAGAAAAAACCUACUUACCUACUACUGAGGCGCUGAUUUACCGGUAACAGAUGAUGCGUCUCCUUGGGCAGUAUGUCAGCUGAAUGAAUGAUUGUCCAUAAACAUCCUCUGUGAUGCUCAAAAAGGGUAUUUAUUUGUAUGCACAAGCUCCUUUUAUAUACAGCGAACUACAUGCACUUAUAAAGCUAUAACUUGCAUGAAACCAGUAAAAGCUGCAAGACCAAAACUGCAACAAUGCGAUGCCAAAGUUAAGACGCGUCAUCUGUUUCCGGUAAAUCAGCGCCUCAGUGACUUGUAGAUUUUUUCUUGUUUGUUUGGGUCAAAUCAAGUCAAGUCACAACUUAAGUCAAAAAACUGCCCGUGAUAAGCCUCACCUUUAUGAAACCUAUUCCCUAAAACUCCAUAUACCACCUACUGUGCAAAAAAUGGCCCUACAACAAUUCACAUACCCACACAAGUUAUUAAAUGGGGAGUAAAACACAAUACAAAAUUGGCUCUAACAGUAGGGAAUGUAACAUACAGUACAGGACUGUCUCAGAAAAUUAGAAUAU